CCUACCCCCCUCUCUCUCUCUCUUUUUCUCGCCUCCGAGAGGUACCUUCCUCUGCGUUCUUGGCAAUGGCUUCGGUCGUCUCCUCCGUGAUCCCAAGAGGCCAGGUGGAUCUCGUCGAUUUCGUGGAUUGGAGCGGCGUCGAGUGCCUCAACCAGACAACGAGCCACCCGAUCGCCAAUGCCUUGAAGCAGGGUUACAGGGAUGAUGAUGGUCUGCAUCUGGAGAGCGAUGCGGAUGAGCAGCUUUUGAUUUAUGUUCCUUUCACCCAAGUGAUCAAGCUGCACUCGGCUGUAAUCACGGGCCCGGAGGAGGAAGGUCCCAAGACAGUAAAACUCUUUGCAAACAAAGAGCACAUGGGCUUCAGUAAUGUUAAUGACUAUCCACCUAGUGACUCCCUUAAUCUAUCACCUGAUAAUCUUAAGGAGGUGCCUGUUACGUUGAAGUAUGUCAAGUUUCAAAAUGUUCGCAGCUUAACGAUUUUUAUCGAGGACAAUCAAGCUGAUGGUGAUGUCACAAAAGUUCAGAAGAUUGCUCUGUUUGGAACAACGGUGGACACAACAAACAUGAAAGAUUUGAAAAAGAUAGAAGAGCACUAAAAGAUACUACUGCGUUCCACCAAUCAUGUGAGGUUGAAUUAUAUGACAUCGUAAACAACCGGCAAACUUCCUUUUUACCACCAGCAGGAAACAUUAACAGAUUAGAUGAGGUCUUCGUCGUAGCUUCUCUAGAAUGCUGCUUGUACUGCUUAUGAUACUGGUUCAAGAUGACUUGAGAUUCUUAAUGUUACACAUUACCUUAUUUUUGUGGAGUUGAGAAUCAUUUCUGAGAGAUGGGCUUCAUUUCUCAAUUCCAUUGUCUCUCUGCCUUUUUUUGA